ACCUCGGCCGACAGCGGUGAAAAACGCGCGACCGACCGCGAACGGUGAACGCGUUCCUCGCGCUUGACGCACGUUAUUCGCGUGCUCGUAUUCCGCGCUAUCGAGAGGAACUUCCGGAAGGUUCUCCGUGUGCAACACCGGAAGGCUUCCUGCUGACGAUCGGUGCAAUCGUCCGCUUCUCUCGCGAGAAGGUGGUGAAGAGAUUCCUCCUUCACAUCCGCCCGGAAGGGGUUGAAAGCUUCAGCCCUUGCGAUCGCGAUUAAUCUCAUUGCAGUUCUGCGUCGAUCUGAAAAUUCUUUCUAUCAAGCUCAAUCCGGCUUUUCGGAGAGAGUAACUAAUCUUCCCCGGAGGCUGCUUCGAAACUUUGUCGACAACGGUAUCGACAUCUUCGGCAGACUAACGCCUCUCGUCUGCGCCGCGUUGCCGCCUCGAAACCGUGUAACGCCGCUCGUUCCACGUCGGGUCCAUUCAAUCGUUUAACUGCCCCGGAAACAGAUCGACCGGAACUCGCCACCCCCGACCAAGAUUGCGGGACCCUUCGGCUGAACGACGCGCUCCUGGCUGCACUCGUAUCGAUCGUCGCAAAUUGGAUUGCCGUUAAGAACGUGCGGCGAGGACCACCUUCGACCGGAGGUCGACCGGAGGUCUACCGGAGCAGAGUGAAGCGUACUGUUCUCAGUGCCGCCGGCGGCGUCGACGUGAGGUUCUUCGUAACGAGGGAACGGAAGGAGAGAAAAGAGAUAGAGAUAGAUAGAUAGAGAGAGAAAUUUCGGCACUUUAUCCUGGGGAGUGCAUCGCAGGUUUAAUUUGCCCUGGGAAAAGUGCCGUCUUGCACCUGGCAUGUGCCAUAAACGUGCGUGACGGAGGAAACGAAAAGUGCACGCGUGCCACGAGUCGCGUGUGCACGGAUGAGGCUUGUUGGCUGAGAGCAAGCAACGUGAGUCACUUAACGCGGCGAUCUUAACGCAAGAGGAUGCAGCCACGGGUGACAGUGGCUCUGGCCACGGUCUGGCUGGUAGUGGGUUUGGUGGGAGGAACAGUCACCCUCCGCCUCCCCCACGAUCAAUACUCCCCCGCGUCUCCGCGCAAUCCCGGCGGGGUUCAACGGGACCAGACCGAGGACUGGAAGGAUCACGAUUCGGCCGAGGAUCAACCGCUCGACCUUUGGAUCGGCUCGCAAAGGUCGAUCUCCGCGGAGGAGUCACCAGGUCUACCUCGCGGUGCCAAAUUUGUCGAGCGAGGUUUUCCUCUUGAGGAUUCCUCGGAGGACAUUGUCUCGUCAAAGCGAGUCUAUCCUCUUUCAAGCUGGCAGGGACGGUUACCGAGUAUCACCGACACGGAAUUCGCAGCGGACAAAGUCGAUUAUGGCGAGAUGCCGGAAACGCUUUCGCGCGCGGCUGCGGUACCACCUUCAGACUCCCUAGACGACCCCUUUGUGGCGGACGACACGUUCCAGGAUCAAGGCCCGGGCUCGGUGGAGAUAUACAAGCUAGAUCUAUCCAAAGAGAAGGCCUUACUGACUGCAACCACGCCCUCCGCGAAUUUGUCGUUAAAAAUCAAAAACAAAGCACCGAAGAAGACCGGUCAUCUCGAUGCAACGAAGAUAAAGACAACAGAUGUCAAGCCGACGAUGACGACGACAACGACCACGACGAUGGACUCGAAAAUUCAUUACAGACAGUCGAACUUCUUCGACGAGCAACGAACCGAAACGCCUAUGGUCAACAGGAAUGCCUUCGACGUUGGCGGCGUGCCGGAGCUACAGGUUGGAUGCGAAGGUCUGGAAGCGUCGCCGUCGUUCCACAAGGAGAAGAGAUCGAUAAAUACGCCCGACAAGAAGAAGGAGGAAGAGAUGUCGGCGUCGGUGUUGCUGGACGUGACGCCGAUUUCUCUGGAUUUCGACUACGACCUAUCGUACGACGAGGUGGACUUUGAGGAGAUGGACGAGUUGCUCAAGCUCAAGCGACUGGAGACCACCACGAAGAGGAAUAGGCCGAACCGGGGCGACAUGGACGCGAGUCACCUUAAUUCUGAUCAUCUGGACGAGCCCAAGCGACCGGAGAAGUUACCGGUUCGCGGGGAUCUAGGUGACUCCACUGCGGUGAACUCCAGUGGAGCCAGCCAGGGCGAGUCGUGGCAGCCGACGGAUUCGGAGAUCAAGAACCGUGAGAGGAUCAAAGUGAAGCGAGAGCCCGUUUCGUUGGGCGAUGACGAUGGCACCAACCGGGGUCGGGGUCGACGGUUACUGUGGCUCGCCGCGGCAAAUACCGAGGGAUUUGCGGAUAGCGUAAACGAGUGGAAGCGCGCGAAACGAUCAAUCGAUUGGGGCUUCGGUGAGAACGAGGGUGUUGUGUCCAGCGAUGAGUUGCAGACCGUGAAUGAGCGUCGCAGGCAGUACGAGAUGCGGUACCAUCAGGACGCGACCAAGAGACGUGACCAGCAUCGCGAAACGAAUCCCGAGAACGAUAAUAUCAAGCGACAGUACGAACAGCUGCUGCAGCAGAAGCGGAGGGAGGAAGAGGAGCGAUUGCGACGAAUACAACAGGGGGAUGAUCGCAGGACGCUGAACAGAUCGGAAAAAGAAGAGAGAAGAAGGAACGAGAUGCGGAGGAGGAAGUACGAAGAAUAUCGCAGGAGAAUGGAUUCGAUGUCUCGCACGAACGACGGAGAGACACAGCAACGACAGAUGGAGGAUGGACAGAGGCAGGAAACGGUGCGCAAUCGAACACAGGAAAUGGCCAGAAGAAACGAGGAAGAGCGUAGGAGGCAAGAGGAAAAGGAGCGAAGACGACGCUUGCAGAAAGAAGAGGAACAAAGAAAACAGAUGGAGAACGCCAGGAGACCCGGUUUCAGAACGCCGGUAAGCGAUGAAGAAAGAAGGCGGAGAGUGUAUGAUGAGGAAACGCGACGGAGAGAAGAGGCCAAGAGACAAGAUCGAUACAGAUCGAGGGAGGAAGAGCAGAGAAGAAAGGAAGCAGAAGAACGACAACGUCAGGAAGACUUCGCGAGGAAUUUUUCCGAAGACGACAGAAGAAGACUCGAGGAACGUCGUAGAGAGUGGGAAGAGAAGAGAAGACAGGAAGAGGAAGACGAGAGAAGACGACAGAAGGCACCAUCGAAUCUGAUGCACGCGGGACACCGAGUCGGUCAGUCGAACGACAUCGGGCAGCGUGAUCGAAACGAAGAAAGACGAAGAAAGAUGUGGGAACAAGAGGAGAGACGGAGGGAACAAAAGCUGCAAGAAUACAUCGCACGGAAUCGACCUAUCAACGUUAGUCGUGCGGAACAAAGAUCGGAGGAAGAUGAACGGCGACGGAUGAACGCGGGCAGAAAUCACGAGGAGUAUCGCAGACGAUUGGAGGAGCGCAGGAGACAGGAGGAACGGAGGCUGCAGGACUAUAUCAGGAGGACCCAGUCGGUAAACUUGCCAAAAUCGAAUGCAACCGGUCAUGACUUGUUGGAGCAACGAAGACGAAUCGAGGAGGCCAGGCAUCGCGGUAAAUAUCCUGAUCCAGGUGUGAAGAGACACCACGGGCCGUCGGCGUCUACGUAUAUCGAUCCACGUAGUUCGCUAGAGGAAGUUAGACGAAGGCAGCAAGAGAUGGCGAGAAGGCUGGAGCAGGAGAGACGACAGAGGUACGAGGCGGAAGAGCGACGGAAGGAACUCGCUAGGCGACAGCGGGAGGAGGAGGAGGAGAGGCGGCUGCGAGAGGAACGGAUGCGAGAGGAGGAGGCUAGACGAGAGGAAGAGGCAAGGAGCGCUCAAUCCAGGAGGUACGAGGAAGAUAGGGAGCGACUGGAGGCGGCGAGAUUGCAGACCGAGAGAAGGAGACAGGAAAUGCUGAAGGAACGGUCCAGAAGUGAAGCUGGAAGGACGAAGCGACCGGAAGCCACGAGACCGACCUACUAUCAGGAUUCUCAUCUUUUGGAGCACAGAAGACGGCAGGAGAGUCGACCGAUCCCGAACAAUUUGAUGCUGAAUCAAGCGGAGGCCAGAAGGGCGGCGUCAGAACACGAGAGGCAAGAGGCUGACAGACGACGGGAAGAAGAGAACAGAAUGAGGGAGCACAGAUGGAAGGAGACGGACCAGUGGAGGCGACAGGAACUAGCCAGACUAAACUCCCUACCGGUUAGCGCAAGGAUAAUAGUUCGUCCUGGUGGCUCUUCGUCGUCACCGCCUCUCAUAUCAAGAGCCGGAUUUACCGACGAGAUCAAUUUCACGGGAAUCAACCCAAACCGCCAAGGCGUGCCAGUACCAAAGUUCCCUGCCCCCCCGACUUCGAGACCACCCAUUAAGGGUCCUGGACCAUGUGUCUGGGCAGUUGUUCAAUGUUGUUCGUCCAACAACAACCGUUUGGUAAACUGUUUCGAAUCGAUGGGUUGUCCCGGGAUUAAUUGGGAUCCUAACCCGUGCAGGGGUGCCAUCGCGCAAGCUGCCAGAAACGAAGUCAUGAAGUUCUACGCCAACGCGGAGAACCAAUAACACCAUCAAGAGUCGCUCUUUGCUCUUCGAGAGAUGCCAAUCUGACAGAGAGAAAGGAGAAAAGAUUGCUCGAAUACUAAUGAAAGGACGCUUCGAAAAUUUCAAAUUACUGCGAAUCAAUUUGUGCGUGUGUGCGACUGUACAAAUAUUUGUGUCGCUGGAUGCAAGAGCUCAGUACAUUCCGGCGUUUGCGAAACGAAAGACCUUGAUAUCGUUACUCGUAUGUAUAUCGAUCAUUUUUAAUAUUUGAAACCAAAUAAAAAUUGAUGUGAACUCUUUUAAAAUAUGAAUAAAUAUUUCAUGAAAAGACGUAAUUAAUCAGAAGUAAUUUACCAGAGAAUAAUGAGAAAAGUUCAGUUGAGAGAAAAUAUUAAGUAUAUUAAUAAUAUAUUACAUAAAUAAAGAUAUUGAGAUAAACUUGAACAAAGUUGAAGAUACAUUUUCGUAUGACAUAAUAAUAUAAAUGUGCUAGGCAAUAAUAAAUAUUAAAACAUGUAAAUAUACUCCGGACACGGAAGAUGUGAAUGCAAAUUUUUAAUUGCAUUAAUCUUUUAACAUCCAGCAACAUAAUAAUUUGCAAUUUUGUGACAUUUGGAAAUUCUCUGCAGAGAAGAAAAAGAUUAUCUAUAAAGUUACAUUUCGAAGCAAGUUAUUUUGACAAAGAGGAGAGCGAAGAUUAUAGCUAACAAGCCAAAUAAAACCUAUUCUUCCAUGACGUGUUACAGCCUUCGAAAUGUUGAAAAUAAUUACGUAACAUUAUAUAUCGCAUAACGAAGAUAAUAUGUACGAUAACGUAUUGUAUUUAGAGAGAAUAAUUAUUUUAUUAUUAUAAUUAAAAUAAUGUAUCAAACCGAUAAUUUUCUAAUCGCUUAUUUUAGCGAUAACGCGCAUUGAACAAAUGUUUAUAAUGUGACUAGCGAUUAACAGUAGUCUAAGAGAUAUUUAAGAGCUUGAACUUUUAAAGCGUAGUGAACAGUAUUUGCCUUACGUAAGACCCUUCGAUAGAUCGAUAAGGUAUUCUACAGAUUAACAAUAAAUUAGUUGUUAAUGUCCAAUAGCCAAGACCAAUCCUUUGGUGACCAUUACGUGUAGCAUAUAAAAUCACAUGUAACUGUAAAAAACAAAAAAAUAAUAAAAAAACUUCAUCGACAUGUUUGCAUGCGCAAAUAUAAAGUGCGUAAGCGAGCGAACGUUUUUAGCUAUUGUAAAUUUUUUAUACAUAGUCGAGAUGAAUUAUACUUCCGCAGCUUUUCCACAUGUGAUAUAGAAGGUAGGCUCUAAUAUGCUGUAACGUAAAUAUUUAUAUGAUGUAUGUAAAAAAAGAAAAUAGAGCAAUAAAA